AUGCUCCUCAAACUCCACUCACUCCUCUUCUUCCUCCCCCUACUAACCCCCCUCCACGCCGCCGAAACCGCCGCACCCGCAACAAAAGACUCCACCAUCUACCGCAGCACCGUCAGCUGCCCGGCCUGCCCAGACCGCAACUGCUACAAAUGCACCCUCGGCCACAAUGACACCCUCGUCGCCAACACGGGCGGGCUCGCCUACCUCCGCUGGCUGGUGGGGUUCGAUCUGCCGGCCGGCGUGCGACCCGCCGCCGUCACGGCCUGCACGGUGCAGUUCCCCGCGUUCGUGGCGCCCGUGUCCGCGGCGUUCAACGUGACCGUGUCGUCGGCUGUGUCGGCGGACUGGGAUGAGGAUACGGUGAGCGGCGAGAAUGCGCCCGAUGCCGGGGCCGUGUUGAGUACCGUGCAGGUGGCUGCGGGGGCGAAUCUGCCGGCGUUGGAUGCGACGGGGGCGUGUCGCGGGGCGAGCGAGGAUGGGGCCUUUUCGAUUUAUGUUGGGACGGUGUUUGGGCGGAUGGAGGUUUGGUCGAAGGAUUCAGGGAAUCCGGCGAUUUUACAUGUGUCUUAUGAUGAUGGGGUUUGUUCGGCGUAG